AUUUGUUAUAAUUUAACUUGAUGUCAAAUUCAAAGAUUAUAAUUGUUCUGCUCUUACUACUGAUAAUCGGUCAGGCUAUUCAAAGAGACCUUAGAGGUGGUCGAGGAGGAGGAAGAGGUGGAUCUAGGUCUCGCUCUAAAUCUAAAGGGCACAGAGGAGGUGGAGGAGGCAAUUGUGAAGGUAGCAAUUUUGAAUGAAACAUUCUCCCUUUCAUAAUCCUCGGAGUUUUUGUAGGGAUUCCUCUCUUAAUUACCUGCGGAGUGAUAGUUAUCCUCAUUUGCGUUAAUAUCUGAAAGAAUACUUGAUGUAAACUUCCUUCCUAUUGCUGUUGAUGACAAUUGUGAAUGGAUAUUUGUAAAAAAUGAAAAUGAAAGAAACGAAGGAAUUCUAAACCUAAAGACCAAAAUUCCACCCCUCCUUCUGAGCAACAAGAGUCUCCCAGAGCAUCGAUCUCCAACCAUAACCCUCCCUACCCCUCCCCAGCACCUUCUUCUCCAAUCUCAUCCCCUUUCAAUCCCUCUCUACAGGACCCCAAAAUUCCUUCGUUCAAGGCCAGAAAGCCCCGCUCUGAUUCUAAUCCACCCUCCCAAAAUUCCGUUUCUGCAAACACCCCUGUGCAAUCCCAAGAUAUUUCCCUUGAUCUACCUUCUGACCACAAGGCUUCUGAGUCAGACUCUUCAUGCUCGAGGAAGAGUGAAGAGGACCCAGAGGACAUAGUAUAAGAAAACAAC